AUGUCUUCCAAUUCUUCAGACGUUUUUGGCCGGGGCCGCUGUCCCGCCCCGUUUCUAGAAGCUGAUCUUUUCCCAACUACCGGUGGCUACGUGGAUGGGAGAUUCUGUUCGGGCUUGCUAGGGAUAAGUUGCUGUUUACCUUGUCCACAGACAGAAUGGCUGUAUCCGGACAACUUCGACACAAUUACCAAGUCAGCAUCUUGGGUCAAUGUUGCUGGGAUGAUCUGCUCGAUGUUCCUGCUCAUCUCGUUUGCAUUCCUGCCGGUGAGCAAGACACAUAGACACUACCUGAGUAUAUGUCUGGCCAUUGCUACAGUCUUUAUGCAGCUGGGCUUUAUCAUCCCACUUGGAGCCAAGCCCGAGCAAUGCUUCAAUGCCAUUACUCCUAAUGGCAUGGACAGCAAUAAUGCCUGUGCUCUCUCUGGAGCCUUUAUAAUUCUCGGAGGAUGGAGCGGCGUGAUGUGGGUGUUCCUUCGAGCUGUGGCGCUGCACCUUCAGAUCUGUUGGGAAGUAGUCUUGGGCAAGACUUUCAUGUGGGGAGCGCUUGCCUCCGGCUGGGGCAUACCGGCGGCUGGUUUGACGAUCGCCUUGGUUAUCAGUGGAGUAUCCUUUCGAUUCGGAGAUACCUGUCACAUCAACCACAAGGACAGCCUGGCGGACUUUUGGAUCCCGCUGCUCGUGUUCUCAGGAAUCACGGUCAUCAUCCAGUUUGCGACGUUCGGUUACUGCAUCAAGGUCUAUCUGGCGUCUCUCAUAGACGAAACGGCGACGACCAGAAGCUCCGGGUUGCCAUCGUACACGGCCAGCAUGUCCCCGCGCCAAGCGUACCGGCGGGUCCGCCGGGUUAUCCAGUUGCAGUGGAGGGGCAUCUCAAUUGUGCUCCUGAUCGUUGUGGACGUGAUCUUCUUCUCCGUUGUUUUCGUAUUCAUGGACGACAUCGAGACCAAUCUCCUCAAGAACCCCGCCAAGGGCGAGAAGUGGCUCCUCUGCCUAAUCGAACAGAAAGGGAAGAAGGAGCCGUGCACGCACCUGGCUGAGUCCCUCGUUGUCAAUGAAGCCACUGUGAUGGCGGUCCUCCUGCUCCUCUCCUUGAAUGGUAUCUGGAGUCUGCUAUUCCUAGGCCGUCUCUCCAUGUUCACAGGCUGGUACGAGUUGAUACGCAGCAAGUUCAGCAAGGGCCCCAGCGAGUUCGUCAGCGCCGACGUCCACACCUUCAAAGACCCGGGCACCGGCACCUACGAGAUGCUAAGUCGUGAGCGCACGACCAAGAGCCCUGAGCCGGUCAUAUCCCCCAUCACGCCGCUCUCACCAGCAGCCACGGCCAAGUACGGCCGCGAGACCCCCGAUUACUUCGGCCGGGAAGCACGUUAUAAAUCUCCGUCCCGUUCCUUCUCCUCGCCCAAACCUCCCGUCGGCUACGGCCGGGACUGGGACCCGAGCAGCACGUACGCGGCGCCUGCUCAACCCUACGUAGAUCCUCUGGCUAUGCAUAAGGUGUGA